UUAUGUUUAUACCGUCAGCUGCUAUAAUGCGACUAGAGAAAGGGACGAUUUUAAGCUGGGAAUAAACAGCGCUGACGAGGACGGAAGUGACGAUGAUGCACUUGUUCUUGUGAUGAGCCAGGACGAGAGUGCUGGAUCCUCUGUCCCCUGUAGCCGGUUCAUCAUCGGUGGGCACCUGGCAUCCGUUCUGCGGGUUGAAGCUUAAGGAUGAGGCGGCUGAACCGCAGGAAGACCCUGAACCUAGUGAAGGAGCUCGAUGCUUUCCCCAAAGUACCUGACAGCUACGUGGAAACAUCAGCAAGCAGGGGGACUGUGUCCCUGCUGGCGUUCUCCGUCAUGGCCAUCCUCACAGUCCUGGAGUUCCUGGUCUAUCGUGACACGUGGAUGAGAUACGAUUACGAAGUGGACAAGGAUUUCACCAGUAAAUUAAGAUUGAACAUCGACAUCACUGUGGCCAUGAAAUGCCAGUAUAUUGGUGCCGAUGUCCUGGAUCUGGCUGAGACCAUGGUGACAUCUGCAGAAGGACUGGUAUAUGAGCCGGUUAUUUUUGAGUUGUCUCCACAGCAAAGGCAGUGGCAGAGGAUGCUGCAGCAGAUUCAGAACAGGUUACAGGAAGAGGCAUCCUUACAGGACCUUCUGUUCAAGAGUGCGCUGCGGAGUUCAGUCACUGCCUUGCCGCCCAGGGAAGAUUCCCCUUCUGAGCCACCCAGCGCCUGCCGGAUCCACGGUCAUCUCGAUAUCAAUAAAGUGGCUGGAAACUUCCACAUUACUGUGGGCAAAGCCAUUCCACAUCCCAGAGGCCACGCACAUUUGGCAGCUCUUGUGAGCCACGACAGCUAUAAUUUCUCUCAUCGCAUUGAUCACUUGUCCUUUGGAGAGAUAUUACCAGGGAUUAUCAACCCCUUAGAUGGAACGGAAAAAAUAGCGGAGGAAAGUAAUCAGAUGUACCAGUAUUUUAUCACCAUUGUCCCAACCAAACUCAACACACACAAGGUGUAUGGAGACACACACCAGUUCUCAGUGACUGAGAGGGAGCGUGCGAUAAACCAUGCAAUCGGCAGUCAUGGAGUGUCGGGGAUAUUUAUGAAAUAUGACAUCAGUUCAUUAAUGGUGACCGUGACGGAGGACCACAUGCCCCUGUGGAAGUUUCUUGUGCGACUCUGUGGCAUUAUUGGGGGGAUAUUCACCACUACCGGGAUGAUCCAUGGACUGGCAGAAGUUUUUGUGGAUGUUAUUUGCUGCCGUUUCAAGCUUGGAGUUUACAGACAUCCUGAAGAGAACCACGUACAGAGCCUCCUCUCCUCCAAUCACAGUACAGAGACUUCUCCCCCGGACCCUAUAUGAGUGACCAAGACUUUUAUGAUCAGAAUAAACGUAUCAUCCUAGUUUUACA